CCUCGUCCCCGCCCCGGAGCCGAGCGAUGGCGGCGGAGACGGUGGCCGGGAGGGCUCAGGCGGGGGAACCCCGAGAAGGCGGCUGGUGCUGCUGUGGGCGCCCGGCCCGGAGGAACCGAAGGCGGCUCUGAGGAGGGAGAGGGAGCGCGGAAGCGGCAGGGGUGCGUUGGGAUGCCAUGGCCAGCCGGGCCUCCGACAGCGAGGAGGAGGAGAGCUUCAUGGUGGUGGACUCCCUGGAGGCGGCAGCGGUGGCAGCCCACGGCGGAGGAGGGAGCAUGGAGCCGGAGGAGGAGGAGGACCAGCAGCAGCGGGGGGCCGGCCUGGAGAAGGGUCCGGAGCUGGGAGGGGCCCAUCCCCCGCCAUCACCCCCACGCUCCAUGGAGGAGCUCCCUGAAGAAGUGCUGGAGUACAUCCUCUCCUUCCUGUCCCCGUACCAAGAACACAAGACAGCCGCCCUGGUCUGCAAGCAGUGGUACCGCCUCAUCAAAGGUGUGGCCCACCAGUGCUACCACGGCUUCAUCAAAGCAGUCCAGGAAGGGAACAUCCAGUGGGAGAGCCGCACCUACCCCUACCCCGGGACCCCCAUCACCCAGCGCUUUUCCCACAGUGCAUGUUACUAUGAUGCCAACCAGUCGAUGUACGUCUUUGGAGGCUGCACCCAGAGCAGUUGCAACGCCGCCUUCAACGAUCUCUGGAGGCUGGACCUGAACAGCAAGGAGUGGAUUCGGCCCUUGGCCUCCGGCUCCUACCCCUCCCCGAAGGCGGGGGCCACCCUGGUGGUCUACAAGGACCUGCUGGUUCUCUUUGGGGGGUGGACGCGGCCGAGCCCCUACCCGCUACACCAGCCGGAGCGCUUCUUCGACGAGAUCCACACCUACUCGCCCUCCAAAAACUGGUGGAACUGCGUAGUGACCACCCACGGCCCCCCUCCCAUGGCCGGCCACUCCGCCUGCGUCGUCCGGGACAAGAUGGUCGUCUUUGGGGGAUCCCUCGGCUCCCGGCAAAUGAGCAACGACGUCUGGGUGCUGGACCUCGAACUCUGGGCAUGGUCCAAGCCAAACAUCGCGGGACCCAGCCCCCACCCACGAGGGGGACAGUCCCAGAUUGUCAUAGAUGACGAAACCAUCCUGGUCCUUGGGGGCUGCGGCGGCCCAAAUGCGCUCUUCAAGGACGCCUGGCUGCUGCAUAUGAUGCCGGAUGCCGCCUGGACCUGGCAACCCCUCAAGGUGGAGAACGAGGAGCAAGGGGCCCCGGAGCUGUGGUGCCACCCGGCCUGCAGGGUGGGGCAGUGCGUGGUGGUCUUCAGCCAGGCCCCCAGCGGCAGGGCCCCGCUCAGCCCCAGCCUCAACUCCCGCCCCUCCCCCAUCAGCGCCACCCCUCCCCCACUGGGGCCUGAGGGCCGCGAGUUUCGUUCCCAGUCUCCGGUCCGGGCAGCGGCAGUGGCGGCGGACGAGGCACCUUGCGUGAACGGCCGCUGGGGCACGCUCCGUCCCAGAGCGCAGCGGCAGACACCUGCCGGGUCCCGGGAGGGCAGCCUUUCCCCUGCCAGGGAGGACACCUCCCCGCCUCUGGCCAAUGGCAGCGGGGGGCUCUCUCCCGGACCCUCCGUCCCAGGCGGAAGUAGGGCCUCGCUGGACAGCCCUCUGCAGGUGCUCUCCCCCUCUGCGGCGGAUUCCAAGAUGGCGGCGGCUGCAACGGGUGGCCUGUCCUUGCCGUCGCCCCGGAGGGGCUCCCUCCCGGAGCAGAAGGAGCUGCGGCUGGCAGUAGCCGACCUAGGCUGGGCACUACGGCCCUCGCAGGAUGAAGAGGAGCAGCAGCAGCAGGAGGAGGAACAGGGCAGGACGCUAGGAACACAUCAGAGCAACGGGACGCACACGCCCACCACGGGGCCCGUCUCCCCGGGCAGCCUGCGCCGCAGCCUGGAGGCCGUCAAGGCGUUGGCCGGCGGGGGCGCCCUGGGACCGCCCCUGGGACCCCUCCCCUCUUCUUCCUCCUCCUCGCCGGGGUCUCCCCCCUCCGCCGCCGACCCCGGCCCCGCUCCCCGCCCCGGUUCGGCCCAAGGGGACGGCCACGCCUUGGCGCCCUUGGCCCGCCGGCUGGGCCACCACCCGCCCCAGUCGCUGAACGUGGGCAAGGCACUCUACCAGAGCCUGAACUGCAAGCCCAUGCAGAUGUAUGUGCUGGACGUGCGGGGCGCCAAGGGCCAGGGCCGCGUCCAGUGGAAGGCCUUCAACGGCAAUGGCAGCGGUGGCACGUCUUCCUCCUCGGUGGUGGGCCCGCCCGAGACCAGCCUCCAUACCGUGGUCCAAGGCCGCGGGGAGGUCAUCAUCUUUGGGGGCCUCAUGGACAAGAAGCAGAACGUCAAGUACUACCCCAAGACCAACGCCUUGUACUUCGUCCGAGCCAAGAGAUGAUGGAUGGGUGGACAGAUGGACCGACGGACAUGCAUACAAGGCCCGCCCCUUGCGCCCCCCUCCUCCCCCUUUUUCCCUUAGUGCUCUGUGAAGCGGGCUGCGAAUUCGGGGUGUCCCUCCACCCACCAAUAAAGAGAUAUGAGCAACGA